CAGUCUUACGCGUUUUCAUUUUUGUAUCACAAGAAAACAAACAUGGCGACUUGCUCUGCAAUUCGCAUGGUUUUGCAUAGGCAGGUAGGGUUGGUUCGUCGAGGAUUAUUUGGUUUCCCAUGCAGAUUGCUGCAGAUGUCCUCUUAUAACUUAUCAUCAGAGGAGAAACAAAACCCAGCAGACAGUCGAAAUGAAGAAUUUGACAGUGCAAGGUCUGAGAGUGCAAAUAAGAAAUACUUUGGUGGUGAUGAUGGAGCUGCCUUUAUUGAUGUAGAUGAAGAUCAAGACACAGAUGUACGAGAAACUAUUCUCAAUGCUGCACUUGAACAUGUUGAUCAGUUAGGUUGGAGUCCAGAAGCUAUAGAAGCUGGAGCAAGAGCUGUGGGGCUGUCUGCAAUGGCAGAGGGUAUGUUUCCACGAGGUGCUGGGGAUUUAGUCCUUCACUUUACCGAGGACUGUAAUGUUCGGUUGGCAGAUCAUCUUGUUUCACAGUCCAGGUCAGCAGGGGAGGAAAAAAGGUCUGGAGUCCCACUGCAAAAGAGUUCCCAAAUUAUUAUCCGUGAUGCUGUGGAGGUGCGACUGAGAAUGCUCAUUCCAUUUAUUGACCAUUGGCCUCAGGCCAUGGGUUUGAUGUUAUUACCCCAGAAUGCACCUGAUGCCAUGAAGAAUGUUGCAUAUUUGGUGGAUGAGAUAUGGUAUCAUGCUGGUGACACCUCAACAGAUAUAAACUGGUACACAAAGAGAGGAGUGUUGGCAGGACUGUAUGGUGCCACAGAACUUUAUAUGGUGACUGAUAGGUCAUCUGAUUUUGAAGAUACUUGGAGUUUCCUUGACAGGAGAAUGUCUGAUAUUGGUUUACUUAUUGGUGCCAAAGAAACUCUUGAGAAAGCUGGAUCAGAUGCUGCUGAGCUGUUGUCUGCUGCCUUUACUACAGUGCGUAAUAUGAGUGGCCUUAAUAGGCGAAACAGAUGAGUUCAACAGAGAAGAAUGGAAGUUAGUUCAUUAAAAUACUUGUACGUAAUAUCCAUGAUUCAGCAACUCAAAUAACAAAUUGGAAGGUGGAAGGAGAAUCGUGUAAAAGCAGUGGUGUUGGCAACCAUCCAUAAAUUACAAAGCUGAUAUUUUAGAAAGGUGUUUUUCUAAAACUCUGUUUGCAGUAAAUAUGCAUUGUUGACUGUUCAUGAUAUAAAUUUUUAUUGUAUUGUCACCUGUACCUCAGAAACAGGAUUACACUGCCUCUGAAAGUGGCAUCAACACAUUUUUUUGAGUUAACCAAGUCUUAGAUUGAUUUUAUUGUCUUCACAGAAUGUACCUAGUUUUUAAUUCUUUUUGGUGCUUACUUAAAAUGUUAAUUCUCAGCUGAUAAAAUAAGUUGAAUUGAAUCUACAUACUGUGAAAUUGUUAUGCAAUUGUUAUGGUAACUAAGUGAAUAAAAUAAGUGAUUGAUGUU